UUGGCAUGUUUGAAGUUGACAUGGCAUUGUGAAGGAAAGUAAUGAGCAAUGCAUCAUGACAUGUAGUUCUACAACUAGAGAUGAGGUGUUAAUUAAGUUUGAACACAACAGAAGAAUUUGGAGCAGCAUCCAGAUUGUAAAUUUUUCAAGGAGACCGAGUAAUUUUGCGUAUGACAUUUAGCACAACAAUCAAUUGUUAAUCUUUCUAUGGCGUCAAUUCUAUUCAACACGAUGACCCUGUGUGGUGCUGUCGGAAACCCCGUGUAUCAAAUACUUGCGCGCGGUUGGAGAGGAGGCCGCGUCAAUUGCCCUAGCUGUCAAUUCGCCAGUAUGCAAACCAAAAUAAACAAGAACCCCACUUAGGAACACUUCACAUUUGGUAUAUUGUGACAAUUUGAACUUUGCCUUAUACUAGGCUUUGUGGAUCGGAGAAUGGCAGCUAAGGUGAAUGGCAGUUCAGCUCUGGUUAAAGAGGACGAGGAGCCCAUGGACAUAACUGUAACACACACAGAGCUCUACCAGACCCUCAUAGAUGCAGGCCUUCCACAGAAAGUGGCGGAGAGCCUUAAUAAGAUAUUUCAGACUGGACUGGUGGCUUACACUGACCUGGACGAGAGAGCCAUUGACGCCCUCAGGGAGUUCAAUGAGGAGGGAGCCCUGUCAGUGUUACUGCAGUUCAAGGAGAGUGACCUGUCACAUGUGCAGAACAAAAGUGCGUUUCUCUGUGGCGUGAUGAAGACAUACAGACAGCGAGAAAAGCAAGGAAGUAAAGUUCAAGAAUCCACAAAGGGACCUGAUGAGACUAAGAUAAAGGCUCUUCUGGAAAGAACAGGUUACACUUUGGAUGUCACCACAGGACAGAGGAAGUAUGGGGGGCCUCCACCUGACGAGGUGUACUCAAGGGCCCAGCCUGGAAUCGGAACAGAGGUAUUUGUCGGCAAGAUCCCCAGGGACCUGUAUGAGGAUGAGCUGGUCCCUCUGUUUGAGAAAGCCGGGCCCAUUUGGGACCUGCGUCUGCUGAUGGACCCCCUUCUCUCGGGUCAGAACAGAGGAUAUGCCUUCAUCACCUUCUGCAAUAAAGAUGUUGCCCUAGAGGCCGUCAAGCUUUGUGAUAAUUAUGAAAUCCGGUCAGGUAAAUACCUGGGUGUCUGCAUCUCUGUCGCAAACAACCGUCUGUUUGUUGGGUCAAUUCCAAAGAACAAGACAAGAGAAAGCAUAUUGGAAGAUUUCAGCAAAGUCACAGAGGGCCUCAUGGAGGUGAUACUCUACCACCAGCCAGAUGACAAAAAUAAAAAUCGUGGCUUCUGUUUCUUGGAAUACGAGGAACACAAGUCUGCAGCCCAGGCCCGUCGCCGCCUCAUGAGCGGCAAGGUGAAGGUGUGGGGGAACCCUGUUACUGUUGAGUGGGCAGACCCAGUAGACGAACCGGAUCCAGAGAUUAUGGCAAAGGUAAAAGUGCUGUUUGUGAGGAACCUGGCCACACCAGUCACAGAGGAACUCCUGGAGAAAACUUUCUCCCAGUUUGGGAAGUUGGAACGGGUCAAGAAGCUGAAAGAUUAUGCCUUUGUGCACUUUGAGGACAGAGAUGCUGCCAUGAAGGCAAUGCAAGAAAUGAACGGCAAAGAAUUGGAAGGCGAGGAGAUAGAGAUUGUUCUGGCAAAGCCUCCGGACAAGAAGAGGAAAGAGCGGCAGGCCCAGAGACAGCCAACCAGGACCACAGGGUAUGAUGAUUACUACUACUACUAUCCUGCUCCACGCAUGCCACCUCCCAUGCCAGGCAGGGGGAGAGGCGGGAGAGGUGGAUAUUCAUACCCACCGGACUACUACGGUUAUGAGGAUUACUACGAUGAUUACUACAGUGGUGGUUACGACUACCAUGACUACAGAGGUGGCUACGACGACCCUUACUACGGUGGUUACGAUGACGUCUACGCGCCGAGAGGAAGGGGCAGGGUGAAUCGAGGUGCCCCCCCUCCCAGAGGCCGAGGACCACCACCCCCUCGUGGCAGAGGUGGCUACGUCCAAAGAGGGGCUCCUAUGGGCGUACCGAGGGGGAGCCGUGGGUGCCGGGGAGGCCUGCCCCAGCUGCAGAGGGGUCGCAGUAUCAGAGGGGCCCGGGGGAACCGCGGGGGCAACGUGGGCGGGAAGAGGAAGGCUGACGGUUACAACCAACCGGACUCCAAGCGCCGGCAGACCAACAACCAGAACUGGGGCUCCCAACCCAUUGCCCAGCAACCCCUGCAACAAGGUGGCGACUAUUCUGGUAACUAUGGUUACAAUAAUGACAACCAGGAGUUUUACCAAGAUUCUUAUGGGCAACAAUGGAAGUAAAUAAAAAAUGAACUUUUGAUUGCUUGUAUGUUAGAGCUGGGCGAUAUGGACAAAAAUCCAUAUCACGAUAAAUUGACCGAAUUAUCACGAUAACUAAAUUGAACGAUAUGUUUAACUUUAAAGGUCCAAUGCAGCCGUUUUUAUCUCAAUAUCAAAUCAU